AUGGUGCAUCCGCUCGGCCGGGCCGUCCUCCAAGCUCGUUCCCCCGCAAUCCCCGCAGACCGGCAGCCGGCGCGACUCUCCCGGACCAAGUGGGGGUUCCAAACCCACGUGGGCCCACGGAAGUCGAAGACCGGGUGGAAAAGGCGGAAGCGGCACGUCCGGGAAAAGCUUCCCCCGGAAACCAAGACCUGCCGGCCCAAUGCGAGCAUACUGCAAGUUCUGAGGGACAUUGCUAACCAACUGCGGAUCCACUCCAUCAAGGGCACGUGUGCUGCCGGCUCUGACCACCCUACUUCAUGCUGCAGGCUGCUGUCGGUGCUCUUCUUCCACACAAUGAGGUAUAAGCAGACAGACCUGGCACACUCAGACAACAACAGAUUCGUUCUUUCCAAAAGGCAUGCCGCACCAGUCCUCUAUGCAGUCUGGGCAGAGAUAGUUAUCAUCAGUGAAAAAUUCGACUUGUUGAAUUUGGAGGGACACCCCACUCCAAGAUUACCAUUCGUUGACAUAGCAACAGAAUUGCUUGGGCAAGGAUUGGGAGCUGCGUGAGGAAUGGCUGAUAAUGGCAAGUACUUUGGUAGGGCUAGCUACCGUGUGUUUUGCCUUAUGGGAGAUGAGGGAUACAUGGAAGGUUCUGUCUGAGAGGCUUUGGCCUUUGUUUCACGUUACCGUUUGGAUAAUCUCGUGGUAGUGUUCCAUGUUAACUGCCUGGGACAGAGUGGUGUUACACCCUUUGAGCAUUGCCACACACACAUAUAUUAGGUUCGUUUAGAAGCCUUUGGGUGGAAUACUUAUGCAGUAGAUGGCCAUGACAUGGAGGCAUUGUGCCAAGCAUUUUGCCAGGCAAGUCAAGUGAAAAACAAGCCCACGGCAAUUGUUACAAAGACCAUGAAGGGUCGGGGCAUUCCAGACAUGGAAGAUACAGAAACUUGACAUGGAAAGUCAGUGCCUAAAGAUGCAGUAAUAAUCAAAUUUGCAAUAAUCAAAUUAAUUGAAAGCCAAAUACAGACCAAUGACAAGAGCACAGCAAAACCUCCUGUUGAAAACUCACCUCAAAUCAGCAUAUACAAUAUAGAAAUGACCUAUUUGCCUAAUUAUAAAACUGGUGAUAGACUAGCCAUGAGGAAUGCAUGUGGUUUGGCUUUGGCUAAACUAGGUUAUGCAAAUGAUAGAUAUUCCUGGAUAGUAAUACACAGUAAUACAAAGAUGUCUAUAUUUUCAGAGAUAUUCAGGAAAGAACAUCCUGAUAUAUUUAUUGAAUGUUUUGUUACUAAGCAAAACAGGUUAAGUGUCACAUAUGUCAUUCGUGAUCGAAAUAUUGCCUUCGUUAGUAACUUUACUGCCGUUUGGACCCAAGCAUUUAAUCUAAUCCAAAUUGGAGGCAUAUCUCAAAACAAUAUGAGUCUUAUUGAAUCACAUUGUGGUUUAGUCGUGGGUGAAAACAGACUCUCCCAUGAUGAUCUAGCCAUGUUCCUAAGCAUUCCCAAUUGCAUUAUUUUCUAUCUAAGUAAUGCCAUCUCAUCAGAGCAUGUUGUUUAUCUAUCUGCCAAAACCAGAGGAAUGUGUUUUAUUAGGACAAUCAAACUAGAGACUGCAGUUAUUUAUUCCCCACACCAAAAAGUAGAGAUUGGGCAGGCCAAAGUCAUUCGCCAGAGUGACAAUGACAAAAUCACAGUUACUGGAGCUGGAGUUACUCUCCACGAAGCCUUAAUAGCAGCUGACUCUCAACAACAUAUUUUCAUCCGUAUUAUAGACCCAUUUACUAUAAAAUUCUUUGAUGCUGCCACUAUCAUCUCCAAUGCCAAAGAUACAGGUAGGCAACUUAUCAUCGUGAAGGAUCACUAUAGAGAAGGUGGCCUUGGAGAAGCUGCUUGUGCUGCUGUCGUCAGGGAGCCAGACAUCUUUGUUCACCAGAUGGCAGUGUCAGCAGUACCUAAAAAUGGGAAGCCUAGUGAGCUUCUGGAUAUGUUUGGGAUCAGUGCUAAAAAUAUUGCAGCAGCUGGAAAGCAUAUUUUACUGAACAAAGACUUUUAA